UGGAGCAGAACACCUUUUAUUAUUUUCUUGUAAUGAGCGUGCCUGCAGUGUAGCGCAUCUCCACAGUCCGCGCGCCUUCGCUCCUCCAGAUGAGCUGACCGCAUGAAAGAAAAAAAAAAAAAAGCACCGAGACCGGAUGGUUCUGGUCAAAACUCCGCGGCUCAGCCCGGCAUGAUCGUUUCCGACGAGAGCCCGAGCUGCGCGCGCUGUCCCGGGCAGGUGACCACGGGCCAACACGGCGCUGCGCCCCCGCCGUCCCUGAGCCCCACCGGGCACCUGGUGGUGGCGCUGUGCCUGGGCUUCAUCGGCGCCCUCGGUUUGCUCGCGAACUUCCUGGUGCUCGCGCUCUUCUGCCGGUUCCGGGCUCUGCGCACGCCCAUGAACCUGCUGCUGGUGAGCAUCUCGGUGAGCGACCUGUUGGUCAGCGUGCUGGGYACCCCGUUCAGCUUCGCGGCCAGCACCCAGGGGCGCUGGCUGAUCGGGCGCGCGGGGUGCGUUUGGUACGGGUUCAUUAACGCAUGUCUGGGUAUCGUCUCCCUGAUUUCUCUGGCGGUCUUGUCCUACGAGCGUUACUGCACCAUGAUGGCGCCCACUAUAGCCGACGGCAGAGACUUCCGUCCGGCGUUGGCGGGGAUCUGCUUCUCCUGGCUCUACUCCGUGGCCUGGACUGUGCCCCCGUUGCUGGGCUGGAGCAAAUACGGACCCGAGGGCCCCGGCACCACGUGCUCAGUGGACUGGAAGACCCAGACGCCUAACAACAUCUCCUACAUCAUCAGCCUUUUCAUCUUCUGCCUGGUUCUGCCGUUCGCCGUAAUCGUCUACUCAUAUGGCAAGCUGCUGCACGCAAUCAGACAGGUGCGCAGCGUGAGUUCGGUGGUGACCCGCCACAGAGAGCAGCGGGUGUUGGUGAUGGUGGUGGUCAUGGUGAUGUGCUACCUGGGUUGCUGGCUGCCGUACGGAGUGGCGGCUCUGCUCGCCACCUUCGGCCCGCCGGACCUGUUGACUCCCGAGGCGAGCAUCACGCCGUCGCUGCUGGCCAAGUGCUCCACCAUCAUCAACCCUUUUAUAUACAUAUUCAUGAACAAACAGUUUUCCAGAUGUUUCCGGGCGUUUGUCUGCUGCUCCAAUACCGAGCGAGGCUCCGGACACACAUUUUCACGCAUGACAAAGACACUGCGCACCAUCCGCAAGGAGAGAGACGUCCACGUGUCCGCCCCUGCUCUGUCCACGGCCGUGCCCACGUCCAACUCCGUCCACGGGUCCGCACAGCAAGCCGGUGACGUGUCUCCAUAUURAACGGACCGGGGKYACGCCGGGUCCGAAGAWCCUGCUGCUGUCGACCGUAAACCCAAACUGGUUCUGGUGGCUCACUACAGGGAAUAAAGAGGAGCCUUACAGAGGACAAGUGCUGUUUAAUAGCAGAGAUGUGAGCUCGGAUGGACUUCCACAGGAUGGAGCAAAGGGUGGUUGUUUUGCAAAUCCAGAAAAAUGAGGAAAUAAAGCAUUUCAGGGGUUUUGUGUACAAAUCAGAAUGAAGAUAUGAAUAUUAGGGCUACACAUAAAGCUUUGUGUUAACAUCAACUUAAACACUUUUCUCAUUGGACAAAUAUCAGUCACAAAGGUACAAACAUCACAUCAAAAUUGACACAACUUUGCUUGAAGUUUUUUAAAAUGAGAGGUUCAUGCCAGGUUUACAACYAAUAGUUUUUUUUUUUUUUUUGCUUUUUUAYUUGAUCAGGACAGCUGUUUGGUUUUUGCUGGACUUUUUAUUUUACAUUGAGGGGAAAAAAUCAAAGCUGUGAGAUCAGAACAAGACCCCUCGCUGAGUCACGAUAGUGAUCGCAGUCGGAUAGUGGGUUAAGUUGACCUCAGAAACGUUUAAAAUGUUCAAGACCAAAGUCGUGGGAAGUUUUAGAGAAAUGUCAUUACAAUUAGUAUCUAACUGCUUUGCAAAAUGAAUUGCUGCUUUUAUUAUCUUACCAUGAAUCAUUUGCACAGUUGGGUCAUUAUUACAGUGGCAAUGAUACCACCAUAAAUGUCACCACAAAGAAAGAACGCAAAGGCAGUUUAUUUAUUCUACUUAUUUAUUAUUAUUUUAUUGCUUUAGUUGAUCUUUUAAGGUUUGUGCCCUCGAACCUUCCAAGUCGGUGUAUCCAUCAUCACUUUUGGGGGGGAUAUAUUUCUAUGUCAAUAUCUGCUACAAAAGUAAUUUACUGUUAAAGAUGUGCAUUUAGAGUUAAAUACUUAAUGCAGGAAAAGUUAAAUAAUGCAUUCAUCAACCUUGUGAAAGAAGCAGCAGCACAAAGAGUUAAAAUGUAUUUGUAAAGGUAGAAAACAAGAAAAAGCUUUUGUUUUUAAAUCUUUUAUGCCUUUGUGGUUCUUUGUCCGGGUUUUUGCCAGAAUCAUAUCCAGACUGUAUCUUUUGUUUUUCUUCUCUAAAAAAUAAAAAAAGAAAAAACUCCCA